UUCACGAAAGACCCAAUUGCUAAAGCUCAUGAGCUCAUCCGUUCACUCCCAUCCUCCGCUUUCCCUAUAAAUGCACAUCAGUCCUCUAACUUUCACAUCAUCGAACAAAGCAACAGAAACUUUAAAGCAACCACUUAAACGCUCUUUCUUAACCAAAAUCUUCUUGCAAUUUCGCUUUCCCAAGAAUGUCGCUGAUUCCAAGCUUCUUCAGUGGCCGACGAAGCAACGUCUUCGACCCAUUCUCCCUCGAAAUCUGGGACCCCUUCUAUGACUUCCCAUUCUCUAACGCCGAAGUCUCUGCACCGGAGGUUUCCGGCGAGGCGGCGCGGUUCGCCAGCGCGACGAUCGACUGGAAGGAGACGCCGGAGGCUCACGUUUUCACGGCGGACCUUCCCGGGCUGAAGAAAGAGGAGGUGAAGGUGGAGGUGGAGGAUGGGAGAGUGUUGCAGAUUAGUGGAGAGAGGAGUAGGGAGCAGGAGGAGAAGACGGACACGUGGCACCGGAUGGAGAGGAGCUCCGGGAGAUUUCUACGGCGGUUCAGGCUGCCGGAGAAUGUGAAGAUGGAUGGGAUAAAGGCUAGCAUGGAGAAUGGAGUGUUGAGUGUGACGGUGCCCAAGGAGGAGGCCAAGAAGGCUGAUGUCAAGGCUAUCGACAUUUCUGGUUAAUUAAUGUUUGUAAAAUAAUAUUAAUAAUAUUAUUAUGUGUAUGUG